CUGAUGGGAAACGGUCAAAAUGGCGGAGGUCGGUGUGGUGGCUACUCGCCUCCUCCUAAUAUUGCUGAUGUCAGCAGCAGUCCCCAGCCGGGCCCGGGGCAGUGGCUGCCGGUCUGGAGCCGCUCUGCGGGGGGCCGGAGCAGAAGGUCGAGAGGGUGAGGGCUGUGGCACGGUGGGGCUGCUGCUGGAGCACUCAUUCGAGAUCGAGGAUAGCGCCCACUUUCGGAAGCGGGGCUCACUGCUCUGGAACCAGCAGGAUGGCACUUUGUCCCUGUCGCAGCGGCAGCUCAACGAGGAGGAGCGGGGCCGGCUCCGGGAUGUGGCAGCCCUGAACGGCUUAUACCGGGUCCGGGUCCCUCAGCGCCCUGGGGCCCCUGAUGGCUCAGAAGCUGGCAGCUACGUCUCCUCUUUCGUCCCCGCGUGCUCCCUGGUGGAGUCGCACCUCUCAGACCAGCUGACGCUGCACGUGGACGUGGCUGGCAAUGUGGUGGGCGUGUCAGUGGUGACGCACCCCGGGGGCUGCCGGGGCCACGAAGUGGAAGAUGUAGACCUGGAGCUGUUCAACACGUCUGUGCAGCUGCAGCCACCGGCCACCGCCCCAGGUCCCGAGACCGCGGCCUUCAUUGAGCGCCUGGAGAUGGAGCAGGCCCAGAAGGCCAAGAACCCGCAGGAACAGAAGUCCUUCUUCGCCAAAUAUUGGAUGUACAUCAUUCCUGUCGUCCUGUUCCUCAUGAUGUCCGGAGCACCAGACGCCGGGGGCCAGGGAGGGGGCGGUGGCGGGGGAGGUGGCGGGGGCAGUGGCCGCUGAGGGCGGGGGGCAUCAGCGCCUGGUCUUCUUUCAUGCAGGCAACCCCCUCCCGCCAGAGUGCUCUUGUCCUUGAUCAUCCCAAGAAAGAUUUGCUAGCUCCCCCUAUCCCCAUCCCGUGAUGGUAGGGGGAUACUCCUCCCAGGAGUCCUUUCCCUCUAGGCGGACAGGUGGCCAGAUUCUGGCGUACCCUGCCUUCCCCUGUGAUCCUUCCAUAGCGGCAAAGGCUUCCUCUUGGCCACAGCAUGGAGCUCGAGCUCCUGGUCCAGCUCUGACCUUACGUUUUUCCCCCUUCCCCUGAGCCUUGUAGUUUGGGAACAUGCCGAGUUCUCUCCAGCCUCUGUGCCUUUGUUCAUGGUCUUCUUGCCCUGCCUGUCCCAGGCCUGGCUAGAGGGUCCCCCUAACUUGUCUGACUAGAUUGGGCCACACACUUUCCACCUGUCUGCCCUUGAGGGGCCUGGCAUAGAGCAGGUGUGGGCUGGCUAUGGGCAUCCCUUGGCCCCAUUCCAGCAGCCCUGCCUUGGGACCCCGCUUCGGCCUUUAUCUGCCCCUGGCUCCAAGCAGGAGUUGGGGUGUCCUGCCCUGUCUGGGUGCUAGGCCUCCCACAGACUUUGGGGCAUACAGAAAUGUUUAAAGUAAAAACAAAGUAAUAUCUGGUAGAGUUGAGAGCCGAUGAUGUAAAUAGAAUCCCUUCCCCGGCCUGGAAUGUCUUCCCUGGGACAGGCCACCAGGAGAGGACUACUGGCCUUUCCUAUUUAUCAUCCCACCCCGCCGAUCUAUUUAAAAAAUACCGACAAUCUAUUGAAAUACAUCAAUGUUUCAAAAAGGUAUGACUUCCAGCAACCAAAUGCAACCGUUGAUUUGGUUGCAGGGAAGUCCUUAUGUACAGGCUUUAUUGAAUUUUCCUCUUCGCUCUGUGUAUUAUCCAGAAACACACAGAAAUGGCUGUCACGGUCGCUGAAAUGUCUGUGUAUUGCUUUGUGGUGUUGUAUGGCGGUUUAUUAAACUGUUCCCCAAAUGUUCAACAUUUAGCUUCCUGCUGGAUAUGGUUAUAAAUAGCACGGCAGCGAGUGCUCUCCAGUC